AUGAAAGAAGCACAUGUCGAUGCCGACACGGCAGUGACUCUUCAUGACGUGGGAAUCCCCCGUCUGACAGACCCUCAUCAAAUCCUUAUCAAAGUGAUAGUCUCGGGAUGUAACCCAAAAGACUGGAAGAUGCCAGCCGGUCUACUCGUAACAAUUGGCGAUUGUGCCAACAGCGGCGACGAUAUAGCAGGUAUCGUCCAUGAAGUCGGCUCCGCGGUGAAUGGUUUCCAUCCCGGUGAUCGAGUUGCCGCACUGCAUCAGCUCGGUGCUCCUUACGGAAGCUACGCAGAAUACAGCGUGGUCUCGGAUCAUGCUAUAUUCCACAUCGGCGAUAGAUCAUUCGAAGAGGCGGCGGCGAUCCCAAUGGCGUAUUACAUGGCCUCUGUGGGGCUGUUUGGGAUGUUGGGCUUGCCGAUGAUGUGGCAGCAUCACGACAAUGACAAUGAUGAUAUAUCAAGCACGCCUUUGAUCAUCUAUGGCGCUUCAGGAGCGGUCGGGUCAGCGGCAGUACAGCUCGCGCAGAAUGCCAACUUACAUCCGCUGAUAUGUAUCGCUGGAGCUGGAGCACCUACAAUUCAGCCGCUAUUGGACUUCAAAAAGGGUGAUAUUGCUAUUGAUUAUCGCAAAGGAGCCGACCAUGUUGUCGAACAGAUGAAAAGUGCACUCGACGGACGUAAACUACGCCAUGCGUUCGAUUGCGUAAGCGAAAAGGGUUCGUCGGAGAACCUAUGCAAAGUGCUCAGCCUAGGGGGAAGCAUAAGUCUUGUACUGCCGUCAGGGGCAAAAGACGUUCCAGAGGGGUUUAGAAAAAGCGCAACGAUGAUAGGAGGCCUGUGGGAUGGAUUCAACAACAAGAGCGAUUCCCAUAUUUUGAUGGGUUUCAACAGUCCCCGCGAGUUUGGAUACUGUUACUCUAGCCUGAUUGGAUAUUGGUUUCGGGAAGGUAGAUUGCAUGUACAGAAGCCUGAGGUUGUAGAGGGUGGGCUACUUGGUGUUGAGAAAGCUCUAAAGAGCUUGAGAGCUGGCGAGAAUCAUGGUGUUAAAUAUGUGGUGAGGGUCGAAGAUACCCCGGGUUUGAGAUAG